AUGAGCAGCCCUACCGUCGGGUCCCUUCUGGCUGCCAUCGCGACUCUGAUCAGUGAUGGCCUGCGUAUCUUGAAAUUCGCCGAUAAGCACCACUGGGGACCUGACGAACACGAGCAGUUGCGACUGCUGGAGGACACUCUCGACGAUGCCAAGAAGGACUUCCAGGAGCUGUCGGUCCUCGUCAAUGGCCAGCGCUACUACAUGAACGAUCGCAAGCCCCACUCAAUCGACGAACUAAGGAGGUUACAAACGAAAUUCGAGACGCACAUCGAGAACUUCAAGGACUGGGCAAAGAUAGGUGGACCGAUCAACCCAAUUUGGGCACGCGAGACGACUGAACUGCGCCGGGAAUUGCACCGCGCGCAAUGCCGGGCAGCGAGGAGGAUAUUUACAGCCGAACAAGAGUCGUCGUCAAGGUGUCUAGGUGCAUUCCUCGUCUACCGGAAACAGCGCGAGUGGGCGAACAGGGUGAUCGUAACCGAGGAGGAGUACCACCGGCGGCAUGUGGAAGAGGUCGUGGCGUGCAAUACCAUCGGCAAGUUUGAGCGCUUUGGAGACAGAGACAUUGCCUUUAUCUGCGACUUUUGCGACGGACACCUCGUAUGGGAGGACUUGGAAAGCAUACCGGCGAGGCGCGCGGCCCAGGACACAACAAAUAUCCCUGUGUCGCCAAGUUCGACCCAACUGCCGCACUGGCAGGCGACGGCAAUCACCAACUCAAAUCGAGAGCCAAAGACAGUGGUGUAUGCGCCCUUAGCGAUAGCGAACCAUAUCGCCCCGUACCAGGGGGAUUGGAUAGCCCGCCUGGAGUGCCCGUACUGCGAGGAGGCGCCGUAUAUCGAACCGGGCGAGGACGGCGAGGACGAGGCGCGGAACGCCCAGGACGAGUCCGGUUUCGAAGACCUGGCGGCGUUUCAAGAACACCUGGAGUGGCAGCACACAACGGCGUCGAUACCUGCCGUGUCGCUACCCAAGGCGGCCAAGGACUGCGUGAUGAUGUGA